CGGUGGGCCACCCUGAGCCACGGUGGUCUCCAACGGGAUGGGGAUGUCAUUUUGGGUGGACUCUUUAACAUUAGGACUGUGUCUUCAACUGUGGAACACACUUUUACCAGCAAGCCACAUUUUCCAGCCUGCACUGGUACUGAUCUGGCGUCACUAAAAUCCAUGUACGCUAUGAUGUUUGCGGUGGAGGAAAUCAAUAGAGAUGGCGUCAUCUUACCCGGCGUGACUCUGGGCUACCGCAUUCAUGAUACUUGCGACGGAUACCCUUGGGCACUGCAAGCUUCGCUGUCUUUAUCCACAGGUGACGUGGGCACAUGUCGCUUAUCAAGCUCGGAACUUCAUGUUGCCUCAAUGAAACCAGGUGCUCAAUCUGUGGCAGUUCUCAUUGGUCCUGCCUCAUCCACAUCAAGCCGAAUGGUGUCCAGCAUCCUUAGCCCACUCUCUAUCAGCUACCUGGCCACCUGUCCCUGCCUCAGUGACAGGUCCAAGUACCCUAACUUCUUCAGGACCAUCCCAAGUGAUGUUUACCAAUUCGGUGCCUUUGCUCGGCUAGCCGUUCACUUCCAGUGGACCUGGAUUGGAGCUGUGGUUGUUAAUAAUGAUUAUGGUCUCCUGGCUCUACAGGUUUUCCAGGAGGAGAUUAAGGGCAAAGGAGUGUGUCUAGAAUUCAUACAGAGUAUCCGAAAAGAUUACAGCGAUGCUGAUACUAGACGUGCCGCGAUCACCAUCCAAGCUGCCACAGCAAGGGUCAUUUUGAUCAUUGCCGGAUUUCGAUAUGCGAAACUGAUAUUCAUGGAACUGGACAAGAGAAAUGUGACAGGCAGACAGUUUCUGGCCAGUGAAUCAUGGAGCACCAAUUACAACGUCCAGGAUGGCGCCAUUACUCGGGUGGCACGCGGUGUCAUCGGAGUAGCCAUCCGAAGCGCCAACAUUCCCGGAUUUGAUCGCUACCUCCAAAGUUUGAACCCCAUUUGUCGCCCUGAAGACGACUUCUUGCGAGGAUUCUGGGAAAAAGAAUUUGGUUGCAGUCUUAGCUCGCCAAAGUCAACAAGACUCUGUGAACACCUCUCAAACAUGUCAGCGUCCUUUCCUGACAAGCCGUCAGCUGCGAGGGCCCCGCUGCCACUCUGCAGUGGCGAUGAGUCCCUGGAGGGUUUGCGGCAUAUCUUCACUGACACCUCCCAGCUCCGUCGGUCAUACAAUGUCUAUGUAGCUGUUUACGCUGCAGCUCACGCCCUUCGAGGCCUCCUCGCCUGCCAGGAUGCCAGCACAGCCAAGAACAGCAGCGCCACCUGCUCCCCUUCCAAACACAUCAACCCCGCUGAGCUUUUGCAGCAACUAACCAAAGUGCGCGUCGGUAAGCUUCACGGGGACGUGUUACAAUUCCAAGGGGCAGACAUCCCGGCCAAGUACGACCUUGUCAAUUGGCAGAUCACCUCCAAGGGUUCACUGAAAUUGGCUGUGAUUGGCCUUGUGGAUGGCCUUGACCUGUACCUGAAUGAGACUGAUAUCCAGUGGAGCACAGGAUCUAGUCAGGUCCCUACUUCAGUGUGCAGUGAGAGUUGCCCUCCUGGAACUAGGGUGGCCACCAAGAAAGGACGACCUGUUUGCUGCUUUGACUGCAUCCCGUGUGCGGAAGGGGAGAUUAGCAACACAAAUGGGUCUCUCUCCUGUGAACGUUGCCCGUUAGAGUUCUGGUCCAAUGCUGGGCAUUCAGCCUGCGUCCCUCGCCAGAUUGACUUCCUGUCCUUUAAUGAGACAUUAGGCGCUACUCUUACUGCAGUAGCUGUGUCCGGCACCGUGGUGACCACUGCUGUCUUUGUAGUCUUUCUAUUCUACAAACAUACACCAGUGGUCCGAGCCAACAACGCUGAACUGAGCUUCCUGCUCCUGGUGUCGCUCAAACUCUGCUUCCUCUGUUCUCUGGUGUUCAUUGGCCGUCCGUCCGUGUGGUCCUGUCGUUUCCAGCAGGCGGCCUUUGGCAUCAGUUUUGUGCUUUGCCUGUCCUGCCUUCUUGUAAAGACAGUGGUGGUCCUGGUGGCUUUCCGUUCGGGUCAUUCCAGUUCGAAACACUUAAUGAAGUGGUUCGGGCCUUGUCAGCAGAGGGGAAGCGUCUGCCUGUUCACUUGUAUACAGGUGACCAUCUGUGCUGUGUGGUUAUCCCUCAGUCCUCCACUUCCGGGCCACGAAGUGGGUCACCAAGGGUCUAAGCUCACCCUGAAGUGUGACAUGGCCUCUGUGGUGGGCUUUUCUCUUGUCCUCGGCUACAUCGGCCUUCUGGCGUGCACCUGUCUCCUUCUGGCUUUCCUCGCCAGGAAGCUGCCCGACAACUUCAACGAGGCUAAGCUGAUCACCUUCAGCAUGCUGAUCUUCUGUGCCGUGUGGGUGGCCUUCGUACCUGCGUACAUUAGUUCGCCCGGAAAGUACACAGUUGCUGUGGAGAUCUUUGCCAUCCUUGCUUCAAGUUAUGGUUUACUCUUAUGUAUUUUUGCCCCAAAAUGUUUCAUUAUUAUUCUGAGGCCACAGAAAAACACCAAGAAAAACUUGUUGACAAGAUAG